AUGAUUCGAACUCACACUCACAUGUUCCGGGAUCAGGGGCUUAACGAAACGCAUUACGACGUGGCAGCACAUUGUUUCGCCGAAGGACUGCAAACCUUCCAAGUGGACCAGGGUUUGAUUGACAAGUGCAUGACCAUUCUGGUAUCCAUGAGAGUGGUCUUUGAGUAUGGAGCGCAGGUGGCAGAGCGCGAAAAGACCAUGAGCAAGGAGAAGAUGAAAACACCCCCCCUGGCAUCCCCCAAGACCAUUGGAACAGACCAAGAGGUUGUCCUUCCCGAGUACCCACUUGGCUGA